GUGGCCUCGGCCUUCGACGACCCAUUGGCCGCGGAGGAGACGAAGAAGACAGUCUACCAGAGGAAUCACGCUACGUUUACGGUGGGGGAGUAGCGUUAGAAGGGGUGGAAGCGGCAGGAGAGGCUGCUGAAACGGGGCUGCGGCGUUCCUUCAUGCGGCGAUCUGGCCGCACGAGGCCGCGCUGGCGCAGCAACCUUCUUCUCCACUACGUUUGCGCGUUGUGCACCCUUCUACGGGGUGCGUCCGUGCCGGCAACGCUGUUCAUGGACGGCAGACAGUUUCCACGGCACUCGACGAACGCCGUUCCCCGUCCAGUCGUGACGAAGCAUUCCAUUCGACCCUCGAAACCGCGACGAUAUCGCGUCCGUGAUCCAACAAGUCGACCAAAUCAUCUUCUCGUCCUCGUCGUCGACCCUCAAUCGCUGAAAACGCGAGAAUCUUUUUGAAAGAAGCAUCAUCGUGGGUCGAACACGCGACUAGCAUACUCCGAGGAUGCUGCAAGCAACGUGCAGCAACGUGGCAAGCUUCUGAAGCAAGAUCUCUUCCAGUGGAACCUUCGUUGGAUCAUCUCGUCUCUCCCUGGAUCUGCUCGUUUCUUCCUGGCUCUUGCUACUUGUACGGGCUCGCGGAGAUGAUUCUCCGAGAGAUUUAACUUUCUCGUUGAUACAGCCCGUGUAUUCUACCGGGAAAACCCAGUUUGGUGAAGUAAAUCGUUCGUCGGAGAAAGAUUUCGAUGGUCGAACCGGUUGCUUGAGACGAAUAACAGAUGACAGGGUCGCGGAUCGAUGUAAACGACGAACAGGCUCCGGGCUCCUCGAUCGCAUCUGAAAGGUGGUGGCGAAGGGCGAAAUAGCCGAGACGUGCACGGUUGAUCGACUUAUCGAAACGAAGAUCCCUGUGUCUCGGGAAAAAUCUCGCGACAGUACGAGGUGAGAAAUAAAAGAAGCUUCGGCUACUUCUAAAUAAGAAGUGUACUUUGAGAGGAUUCUAUAAGUGUUCUCUGAGAGGACUCUAUAAGCGUUCUCCGAGAGGAUUCUGUAAGUGUCUCUUGCACGUCAGAUUCGGAUCAGACAGAUUUCCAGAUCCGUCCAAAAGAAGCGAGUUGCAAAAGAUUUUAAGGAAACCAGGUAUAUAAUUAAGAAGCUCCUGAUGCAUUUGUGAGCUCAGGUUUCUAUGAGAUUUUUAAUUAGACGAGAAAAGGAAGGAUUUUCUAUGUAACGAUCGCGGUCGAACGAAGUUUUACGAGAUCUUUUAUUUGAAGAGCAAAGAAGGAAUUAUCUAUGUAAAGAUUGGAUCGGAACAAUUCGAGGAGCCGAAGGAGAAGUUUGCUACGCGUCGGUGAGGCGAUAUGCCCGGCGAUACGACUGUGGGAAGUUGAGGACUGGCUUGGUACGGGGCGAUCGCUGCCAAGUGCAGUGGCACGAUCUCGGUAACAUGGUCGACGACGACGGCGACGACGACGACGACGACAACAACGACGACAACGACAACGACAACGACAACGCGGAGGACGUUGGUGUGCGCUCGCGACGUCGGCGUCGACAUCGUCGUUGGCCGUAGCACAGUCGCGAAAGGAGGGAUGCCACGACGACCCACAUUCCGUCGAAUUUAAUUUCAUGCCUUAUCUCUGGUAACCACGGCUUGCCAGCGCACCAAAUGGACGAGGCUCGAGGGAGGAUAGUGGAACGAUAGGAGGCGACCGGUUGCGGCUGCAGCUGCGGCGUCGGUCGCUGCACCUGCAGCUGCAGCUGCGGCGACGAGGAGGCUGCCGGUAGCAGCGUGCAGACGGUGGCUAAAACAUAAUGCAGAGCACAGGCGACUACUAUCAGAGGGCGCCGAGAUGCUGUCCAGGGAGGAACGCGAACGCAAACGCGGACGCGUUGAGGAUCAACGCUUCUGUCCGGGGAGCGGAGUUGCUGUGCUGUUGUUGUAGCUGCAGUACGGCAACAUCUACCAAGACACCGGGAUUAUUGGCCAGUCUGGGUGUCUGCGUGCUCGUGCUGGGUUACACGCUGUUGGGCGCGUUCGCGUUCAUGGCGCUGGAAGGUGGCCUCAAGUCGGAUUCAGGGAACGACCUGCUCAUUCCCGGUUCCAAGAACGGAGGAGGAUCGUACGUUGUGCCCAGUAUCGAGGAUGACACUGCGGCCAUGGAACUAAGAGCGCGCACCGUUGAAAGGCUCUGGAGUAUCACAGAGGACUUGAACGUGUUGUACAAGGAAAACUGGACACGAUUAGCAGCCAGGGAAGUGUUCGAAUUUCAGGAGAACUUGGCACGAGGUCUCAGGAGAACUUCCUCGCAGUACGAACCGAUAGGAUCAUCCUCUCGAUCCAGGGACCAUUCCAUGGACAGAAGAUCACAUAGAAAAUGGACCUUUAGUGGCAGUUUAUUGUAUUCCCUGACGCUGAUCACUACUAUUGGAUACGGUAGCGUGGCGCCUCGCACAGUCUGGGGUCGUUUAAUCACAAUAGUGUACGCUCUGGCUGGAAUUCCCUUAAUGCUGGUCUAUUUAAGCACGGUGGGCGAUGUUCUCUCAAGGAGCUUCCGUCGUUUGUACGGCAGAUUGUGCAGGCCUCGAAAUUGCACCAGGAAGCAACAACCGCCGCCACCGCCACCUCCUGUAGGUGGCAUGAUGAGCAAAACCUACAGAUAUGAUAACCAUGUCGACUCGAAAUCUGGAAAUUACUAUUCAGCUAGCAGAGAAAGCUCCUGCGACGAUCUAGGAACCAGAGGCACCAGCAGUGCCAUCUUGUUGGAUUGUGGAAGCGAGGGACUGCUUCAUGCUACCACCAGCUCCACCGCAGCGCUUCAGGACGUAACAUCAGGAAACAGUAAACGCCAUUUUCACCCGUGCUCGCUGUCCCUGUCGACGAAUUCGUCGCCAGGUUACGUAGUGGAAACGAAUCCCGUGAGGAUACCGAUCAGUCUCUGUCUAGUAAUCAUGCUGAUCUACAUAUGCGGUGGCGCAGUGAUGUUCAAUCGUCUGGAGGGUUGGAGUCUCUUGGAAGGUGGCUACUUCUGCUUCACCAGCCUCGGAACGAUCGGUUUCGGCGACCUGAUGCCCGUUGGACGAAAUGCCGCGUCCGCCACCCUGGAGGAACUCAGUCUGUGCGCCUGCUCGCUCUACAUACUCGCCGGGAUGGGCCUGAUCGCCAUGUGCUUCAACCUCGUCCAGGAGGAGGUGGUACGCGUGGUCAGGGUCUUCGGUAGAACCUGCGGCAUGUCGUCGGGGGUGGUGGUCGGACCUAUCGGUGGUACAGGUAUCCCUGAUGCAGGCAUUCGACGGGGAACCGCUAGAUCGUUCCGGGCGAGAAACUAUUUUACCCGGCCACGCUUUAAAUUUCCUGAACGCUUUGAGCCUGGCGACGAAACAUACUAUUUCUAUAUACAGAACUGCGAAUUUAUAGUCAAUUAUUAAACAUAGUGUUAUACAGUGGCUUAAUCGUAAUAUUAUGCGUGACAGUAUUGUAUGAAUAUAGAUAAUACUGUUUACGAAAAACAUUAUUUAUAUGGCAGUAGUAAUGUUAUCGUCAGGUCUGAUCCCAUCACGUUUCCUGGUGUGGUAGACUUGGAGAAAGACUCAUAAGAAUUUUAAAUAUUUCAACUUCUGCUUAUCACUGUAAAAGAGUUACACAGAAAUUUAUAGCUUACUGUGAUCUUGAAUCUUCUCAAAAAUGCCACUAUAUUAUCCUAAGGGAAAUUCUAAGAUAUUUACAGCUUACAACGAUCUUCGAUAUUUUCAAAAAUAUUAUUAAAAAAAUCGUCUAAUAAUAUAAGCAGUUACCUUCUCUUCGCCCUCCAUUUAUCGAAACUCCAGUUUUCCACCCCAACAGCGAAAGCUUCGUUUCCAACCGAACCCAGGCUCAAAGUGUCAAAGGCAUCACGAACAAAUGAGUCGAGCUCUCAAUCGUUUGCACGUAGAGCGGUUCUGAUCCACUCGCGUCGGGGAUUUCGAUCAGGCAUCUUGACCACUCUGCAUAACCCCUUCGUUUAAAAAAGCCAAAAUGAAAUCAAAAUCCAUUUCAAUCAAACCAAAGACCGAAAACUCUCUAUCCAUCGCAACCAAAAAGUUAUAAAAUCCUUCAAUUCUUCAUCAGGUGCCGGUCCUGGGCUCAAGGCCGACCUGGACGAUGGAGGAGGCACCAGUGACUCGCGAUUGUCCGAACAAGAAGAAGAAGCGAUCGCCAUGUCCAUGGUGCCAACCUCCUGACAGCAUCAGGCCAGGAGUCCCGGG